UCUCCUCUCAAUGGCUCUCCCACGUUUCCUUAAGAUCUUCCUCUCUCAUUUCAGCUCAGAAUCCAUGAUGAUUCCGGAGUCUUAUUACGAUGAGUUACCACUUGCUUUGCCUAAAACAGCACUUCUCCAAGGAAGCCGUGGAUGCUUUUGGAAGGUGGCUAUGACUAAGAGGCGAGGUCAGGUGUAUUUUGGACAAGGGUGGCCUAAGUUCGUGGAGGAUAACCGUCUCAGAGAUGGAGACGUGAUGACUUUUGUUUAUGAUGGAUCUCGCAAUUUCAAGGUCAGCAUCUAUGGCAGAGGAGGAUGUAAAGAGGUCAGAGCUGUUGCUCAAGUCAUAGCCAUAGAUGAUGAUGAUGAUGAUGAUGAUGAUGAUGAUGAUGACAAAGAAGACAGUGUUUGUCAUCUGAGCAGCGAAGACUCAGACACUUCUUCAGAACCUGAGAUGGCGCAGUCUGUCCCCAAUGCCAACCACACUGAGGGUUCCAACAUCACUGAACCUGAGAUGGCAAGGACAGUCCCAAGAACCAGGAACAAAGGAAAAAAGAGAGUUGUUGUGGUAGAUUCUGAUGAAUCGUUUACGUCAGAGGAUUCCAACAGCAUGAGUGACAGCUCCUACUCUCCUCCUGACGAAGACACACUCCUUGACGUGACCCCAAAAGUGACAAACUCUAGGAACAAAGGAGAGCUCAGAUCAGUAAACUCUAUUGUUGGUUCAACAAGCAACAGCUCUCGUUCAGAAUCUAGGAAGAGAGAGACUACAAUCAAGAAUCCAGAGGUGUAUCUAGAUGAUCCAAAGAAUGUAUGUUUUGAGACAGUCGUGAAGAACAGGAUCUACGAGCUGAGGGUUCCUAAACAGCUAGUGAGAGACUACUGCCUGAAGUUCCAAGAUUACGUGAGCUACAUUGACAACCACGAAGAUGGGAAGCUAGAAGCGAAAGCAUCAGCUUGGCGUGAUCGUCUGUGUAUCAAAAAGUGGAACCUCAUAUGCAUGAGGAACGGACUGAAGAAAGGUGAUCGUAUCUUGUGCGAGCUGUUUCGUAAGGAUGGUUUGGUUUAUGCUCUCAAAAUCCAUUUCUUCAACACCACCACCUGAGAUAUAAAAAAGCACUAAAACGUUAUUAGUAUGUGUGUCUGAGCAAAGACAAAGAGAUUUGAUUUUGCUCCAAGUUUAUGAUUUUCUCUGUUUGUUUGUUUGUUUGUUUGUUGUGAGCUCUAAGGUUUUAAGACUUUGAUGAAUCAUUUUCUGUUUUUAGUUUGUUUGUCUUUUUUAUCUAAGAGGAGUUUGGAUCAGAGUUUCUAGCAUUUUCCUAGUCCGGAUUAGUCUUGUAUUAAUCUCAAAAACAUGGCAUAAAGUAUUAAUGUCAUCAAGAUUCGGAUUUGG